UUUUACUCGCUGAUGGUUAAAGACGUGCUCAAUAUACGCUAUCGUAAAUUUGUGUACGCCAUUCUUAUUUGACUGUCAAGUUGAGUAGUGCGUUGAGUGAAAAUUUUUUAUUUAUUUUUUUUUCUUAUUUUUUUUUUUAAUCACGUUUAAUUUUCUUUUUAACUAAUAUUCAAAAUUAAAUAAAAUGUAAUGUGUGAAAUUUUAAUAGUAAACUAAAAAGAAUGCAUAAUUAUAAAAAAUAAUAAAAAUAAUAAAAAAAAAGAAAUUUAAUUAAGACUGUCGUUGGAUUGCUAUACGGAAAAUAAUAUUAAAUAAAUAAAAUUUUUUUAUUUAAUUCCAAAUUCUAAAGGUUCAUCAAAAGAACAAACAAAACAAAAAACGAUAAUUACAAGAUGAGGAAAAAUCAAUUGUUAUUAAUGCUGCUGGUCAGUUUUUUUACAUUUUUGAAUUUUGUUUCAUCUUCUGCAUUACCAUCAGCACAAAAUGACGAAUCAGUUCAAGUAAGGACAUCAUCAGUUUAUGAUUAUUUUAGAUUACCACGUGCUAUUAAACCAGAAUUAUAUCGACUUGAAAUUAUUACACAUUUGAAUGAUAAAGAAGGAUUUGAAUUUAAUGGAAAAGUUUAUAUUGAUUUAAACAUAGUGGAAGAUACAAAUAAUAUAACAUUACAUUCAAGUAAUUUAACUAUUGAUCAAAAUUUGGUAAGAAUUACAAGAAAAUCAUCAUCAGAUAUUGAAAAUGAAGAAAUGAAUAAUGAAUCAAAUUCAAAUAAAAUUGAUAUUAAAUCAAUUGAUAUUAAUUUAAGUCAUGAUUUUUAUAUUAUACAUUUGACUGAAACUUUAAAAAAAGAUGAAAAAUAUCAAUUGUUAAUGCCAUUUAAAGCGAAUUUAAGUAAAAAUUUAUAUGGUUAUUAUCGAAGCAGUUAUUUUGAUCAUAAAACAAAUCAAAGAGUAUGGUUAUCGACAACACAAUUUGAACCAACCCACGCCCGUACAGCAUUCCCAUGUUUUGAUGAACCAGAUAUGAAAGCGAAAUUUAAAAUUUUACUUGCACAUGAUAAAAAAUAUACAGCAAUCAGCAAUAUGCCAUUACAAAAUCAAAAAGAGAUGACAGAUAUAAAAGGAUGGGUUUGGGAUGAAUUUGAAGAAUCAGUUCCAAUGUCAACAUAUUUAGUUGCAUACACUAUAAAUGAUUUCGGUUAUAAAGAUUCACCAAUGGAAAAACUUGUUGAAAAUAAUGACAAACAUGGUAAUGUAACAUUCCGUACAUGGGCACGUAAAAAUGCUUUAGAUCAAGCUGAAUAUGCUGCUGAAAUUGGACCAAAAAUUUUACGUUAUUAUGAAGAAUAUUUUGAUAUUAAAUUUCCAUUACCAAAGAUGGAUGAAAUUGCAAUACCAGAUUUUUCAGCAGGUGCUAUGGAAAAUUGGGGUCUUAUAACAUAUAGAGAAACAGCUUUACUUUAUUCUAAAAAUCAAUCAACACUUUCAAAUAAAUAUCGUGUUGCAUCAGUAAUAGCACAUGAAUUAGCACAUCAAUGGUUCGGUAAUUUAGUAACAAUGAAAUGGUGGACAGAUUUAUGGUUAAAUGAAGGUUUUGCAACAUAUAUUGCUAGUUUAGGUGUAGAAUAUGUUCAUCCGGAAUGGAAUAGUUUAAAAGAGGAAUCAAGUUCAAAUAUAUUUGAUAUAUUCCGUGUUGAUGCAUUAAAAACGAGUCAUCCAAUUUCAACAGAAAUUAAAGAAGCACAUAAAAUAUCACAAAUUUUUGAUGCAAUUUCAUAUAGUAAAGGAUCAUGUGCUAUUCGUAUGAUGCAUUUGUUCUUAGGUGAAGAAACAUUUAAAAAAGGUGUUUCAAAUUAUUUAAAAAAAUUCCAAUAUAAAAACGCUCAACAAGACGACCUUUGGGAAUCCUUAACCGAAAUUGGACACAAUUUAAAAACAUUGCCAAUUGAACAAAAUAUUAAAAGAAUUAUGGAUUCAUGGACAUUACAAGCUGGUUAUCCAAUUGUAAAAGUUGUAAGAGAUUAUAAAACUGGUGGAGCUUAUAUUACACAAUCUAGAUAUUUAUUAGAUACAUAUGCAUCUAGGGAUAAUCUUGGAAAUUGUUGGUAUGUUCCAUUAAGUUAUACAACAGAAAGUGAAGGUGAUUUUGAUAUUACACAUCCACAAGAAUGGUUAACCUGUAAUGAAGAAACAAAAGACGUAAUUCCAUUAACCAAAGAUUUUAUUGCAAAUCCCAAUGAAUGGGUUAUAUUUAAUAUUCAAGUAUCUGGAUUGUAUAAAGUGAAAUAUGACGAGAAAAAUUGGAAUAUGAUUAUUGAAACUUUAAUGAGUGAUAAUUAUAAAAAAAUUCAUUUAAUAAAUCGAGCUCAAUUAAUUGACGAUGCGCUUGAUUUAGCUUGGACUGGUGAACAAGAUUAUAAUAUUGCUAUGCGAAUUAUUGAAUAUUUAAGACGAGAAAAAGAGUACAUUCCAUGGAAAAUCGCUUUAGAUAAUUUAAAUUUAGUUAAUAGAAUCAUGAAAAAAACAUCUGAGUAUGAAAAUUUCAAGCUUUACAUUAAAAAAGUUUUAGAACCAAUUUAUGAACAUCUUGAAGGUAUGAAUACAUCAGCUAUUCGUUCCACUGACGAUAAUGAUCUUGAAAGACAACGUCAUAAAGUUUUAAUAGCUGGUUGGUCAUGUAAAUUUGAAGUUGGCGAUUGUAUUCCCAGAGCAAAAGAAUACUUUAGAGAAUGGUUUAUACAAGAAAAUCCUGAUGAAUAUAAUCCAAUUCCAUUAGAGUUACGUUCUGUUGUUUACUGUACAGCCGUUAGACACGGAAAUGAAAAUGAAUGGAACUUCUUAUGGAAGAGAUAUAAAAAAUCCAAUGUUGCAUCAGAAAAAACAUCUAUUUUAGUAUCAUUAGGAUGUUCACGUGAAGUAUGGGUAUUACAACGUUACUUGGAUUGGUCAUUUAAUGAAACUACAGGGAUCCGAAAACAAGAUGUUUCAACAGUAUUUGGUGCAAUUGCUCGAUCAGACAUUGGUUAUCAUUUGGCUAAAGAAUUUCUAUUUCUUAAUUUCGAAAAAAUAUAUAAAUACUUUGCUCCAGAAACUUCAAGACUGAGCAGAUUUAUUCGACCAAUUGCUAAUCAAAUGUCAACUGAUACCGAAUUAGAAUUAAUGAAAUCAUUUACAUCAAGAAAUCGAGCAUACUUAGAAAAAUCCUCAGAAGGCGUUAAAAGGGCCUUGGAAAUAAUUGAAAUUAACGCUCAAUGGAAAACUAGAAAUUUCGGUGAAAUAAAUAAUGAACUCAAAAAAUUAGUUGGACCAGAUGAUCAUUAGAUUUAUAGGACAAUCAAAGAAAAAGAUUCCUUAUAUAGUAGAUAUUAAGUGGACUUUCAACAUUAAAAUAAUACUUUUAGAUUUUUAAUUUUUAUAAAUGUAAAAUUUUAAAAUAAAUAUUAAAAUAUUGUAUUAUUAACAUUAAAGGAAAAAAAAAGAAAGAAAAACCAUUAUAAAUGUGAAAAAAAUUCUGGCUUUCAUUACCAGAAUUAAAAAUAAUUCUGCAAUCUAAUUUAUGGUUACAAACAACGUAGACAAAAAGAACUUCAUUUUAUAUUAGAUUAGAGACGAAAUUCUAAUGAUACUAUAAUUAUAAUUAGGAAAAUGUAUUAUGAAAAAGGAAAAACCGUUAAAAUAAAAAAUUAAAAUAAGACUUAAUGUUAGAAGGGUGUAGUAAUUAGUAUUUGAAAUCCUUGAUGGUGUAUAAAAUAUCAAUUUGUAGCGAUAUAUACUUAAAAUACAUUACGCAUCUCCAUUUGGAGUUCUCCAUGUGGGAUUUGACUGAAAAACUUACUAUAUUCAGGCGUUUCUUAAAAAGUUUGAAGAACAACUUUUUGGAAAAUUGAUGAAACGGUGGAGAGAAGGACAUAAAGCCUCUGUAAUGUUAUUAUUCGAAUACUAACAAUUAAAAUGCAUUUUCUUUUUUUCAAUUUUUCUUCAUUUUUUUUUUAUUAUUUUUUCUUUUGUUUUGUCUAUAAUCAUGUAUACAUACAUACAUAUACAUACAUAUGCACAUAUACAUUUUUUAAUAAUUUUACAAUAUGUAUGUACAUAUAAUAAAUAAUUAAAUAAUAUAAUAAUGAUUUCAUUUUAUAAUUUUAAUUUUUUGUAUGUUUUGUAUUCUAUUAAUAACUAAAAAUUACUAAAAUA